AUGGGACUUUCAAACUACAGUAUCACUGAAGAAGGUUAUAAAGCCCUGGCUUCAACUCUGAGAUCAAGCCCUUCACACCUGAUAGAGCUAGAUCUCACAGGAAAUGAUCCUGGACAUUCAGGAGUGAAGGAGCUCAGUGAUUUACUACAGGACGGAUGCUGUAAAUUGAAGACCAUCAGGUUUUUGAAAAGUCCUGCUGCAGAGGAAGUGUGUCAGUAUUUCACUGAAGUUCUGGGUAAAAGUCCAUUAUUACUGAAAGAACUGGAUCUGAGUGAAGAUAAAUUAGAAGAUCUGGAUUGGGAGAAGCUCUCUGCUCUUUUGAUGGACUCUCAUAGCAAAGUGGAGAAACUUAUGCUGAAUAAUUGUGAGCUGACAGAGAAAAGCUGUUCAGUUCUAGCUACUGUUCUCUCCUCCAAAACCUUCCUGAAAGAGCUGAACCUGAACAACAGCCGUCUGCUGGACUCAGGAGUCAAAGAGAUCUGUGAGGGACUGAAGAAUCCUGUGUGUGAGCUGAAGAUACUCAAGCUCAGUAAGUGUUCACUAACAGAAGAAAGCUGUUCAGAUCUUGCUUCAGUUCUCAGUUCAGACUCCAGCAGUCUGAAGGAUCUUGACCUGAGUAAUAACAAUCUGCAGGAUUCAGGAGUGAAGCUGCUCUCUCAUGGACUGACAGAUAAUUGUAAACUGGAGAAACUCAGACUUUCAGACUGCAGUAUCACUGAAGAAGGUUAUAAAGCUCUGGCUUCAGCUCUGAGAUCAAACACUUCACACCUGAUAGAGCUGGAUCUCAGAGGAAAUGAUCCUGGACCAUCAGGAGUGAAGCAGCUCAAUGAUUUACUACUGGAUCCAAAGUGUAAACUCGAGACACUGAGGUUUUUGAGUCCUGAUGCAGAUGAAGCCUUUCAGUAUGUGAAUAGAGUUGUGGGUGAAAACCCGUUACUCGUGAGAGAGCUGAAUCUGAGUGAACGUGAACUAGACCCAAAACAGCUGGUUCCUCUAUUGGUGGAUAAACACUGUAAACUUAACAUACUGAUUCUGAAUAACAGCUCUAUCACAGAAGAAGAUUGUUGUGCUCUGGUAGCAGCUUUAAAUUCAAACCCUUCAAAUCUGAAAGAGCUGGUUUUGAGUGGGACUAAACUCAGAGACUCAGAAAUGAAGAACUUGUCUACUCUGUUUGAGAAUGUACAGUGUAGACUGGAAAAGUUGAAGUUGAAUUUUAUCAGUAUUACAAAAGAAUAUUGUACUGCUCUGGCUUCAGCUUUUAAUUCAAACCCCUCAAACCUGAAUGAGCUGGACCUGAGUGGGAAUCAACUUGGAGACUCUGGAGUAAUGGAAAUUUCCACUCUACUUGGAAAUUCACAGUGCACACUGCAGAUACUCAGACUUUCAGACUGCAGUAUCAGUGAAGAAGGUUAUAAAGCUCUGGCUUCAGCUCUGAGAUCAAACCCUUCACACCUGAUAGAGCUGGAUCUAAAAGUGAAAAUGACUCUUCUCUUUAAUUUGCUCUUGGUGAUCUUGUUUUUACUCGACCAUGGCGUGUCUGGUGUUUAUACAGACAGUGUGUCAGUGUCAGUAAAGGAGGGAGAUUCAGUCACACUAAACACUGAUGUACAAACAAACCAACAAGAAGAGAUUAGAUGGUAUUUUAAUGACAUUCUCAUGGCUGAAAUCACUGGAAAUCAGAGUAAGAUCUGUACAGAUGUUCGGUGUAAUUCAGGUACUGAGAGAUUCACAGACAGACUGAAGCUGGAUCAUCAGACUGGAUCUCUCACCAUCACAGACACCAGAACCACAGACGCUGGUCUUUAUAAACUACUGAUCACCAGCAGAAACAGCAGCUUCAGUAUCACCAGAAUGAACAUAUUCAGUGUUUCUGUCACUGCUGCUGUUGGUAAAAAACACCUGGUUUAUCAGUUUAAUCAAUAUCUGAUGAUCAAUAGGAAGAUAUUCAGGUCUGUCUUCAGCUGCUGUAGCAGGAAUAUUGCUGUUCUGCUGGUGGCUGCUGCUGCUGUAGCUGCUGGUGCGUUUUACUGUCGCCGCAGGAGCAAUUCAGCAGUACCACCGAAU